AUGAAGCUCCUAUCAUCUGCCGCUACCUUGCUUGUCUGCUUCGCUCCCCUCACUGUAUCGGGUCGAUCGAUUGCCCUCUUCGGCUCGUCGCAGGCUCCUAUCCAAGUCGAUACUUCCAAGUCUGUGCCGGGUGACAACCCUCUUGAGUUUUGCAACGAUCCGUCCGGAGACCUCAUAGAGAUUGAAUCCGUUGAUUUGGCGCCCAACCCUCCUCUGCCUGGCAAGACCCUUACCAUCAAGGCCAAGGGCAAUAUUCACAAGAAGAUCGAGCAGGGGGCUUAUGUGCUUUUGCAGGUCAAAUAUGGCCUGAUUACUCUGAUCAAGCAGCAGGCUGACCUUUGCGAACAAAUCGUCAACGUUGACCUCAAGUGCCCAUUGGAAGAGGGCGAGAUGUCCUUGGUCAAGCAAGUGGAAUUGCCUUCCCAUAUUCCUCCCGGCAAAUAUUCGGUGCACGCCGAUGUGUUUACCAAGGACGAAGAGCGCAUCACUUGCCUGGACGCUACCAAUAUCGAGUUCAAGCUGGGAAAUUAA